AUGGCAACUCCACAGCCAAUGCAAGAUGAUUCACUGAUCAGGGCUCUGGAAAAUGAGCAGCAGUAUGAGAAUACCGCUUCGGACGAAGGACGUCCACCGGUACCCACAGAAGUUUCCCACAGACAUCGGCAGCCCGGCGGAGAUACAGAGACUUGUGUUUCUUCAGUAACGGAUGUGCUGCAGGAUGCCGAUCUGUUUGUAGAUCACAUGUACCCAACUCUGAAUGCGGUUGUAGAAGAAGAGGAUUCAAAUUCCAAUUUGGCGCUCAAGUCAUUAAACAACAACGACAACCGUUCUCCUACCAUAUCGACUACUACUACAGAGGAGACACAAAGGCACCAGACCUCUCGUAAACAAUACCAGCAGCACGAGUCAUCUGGAGACACAUCCCUAAACCAAUCAGCGGUCAAGGAAGAGUUACAAAGCAAUGAGGCAGCUGUGCUCAAGGCUGCCAAGAUGGAUAAGCGUGAUCAGGCUUCUCCAGCUGUCACUAUUGCUGUCGGCAGUAGGAAGUCACCGGCCGUACCAGCAGACAAAUCUGACCAGCAACAGGACGAUCAGAAGGAUCUUCCAUCCAUACAGGGCAAACCAGAAGCUAGUAUGCAAUCCAAAGAACCCAAGACCAGGAGCAUCGAUCCGACAAUUGCUGCCAUUGAUCUCACCGAACCAAAUUUAUCGGAAGACAGAAACCCCAUAGGUGCCAAAAAUAUUAAAGGAUCAUUCCAAGAGGCUGCACAAGCUGAAAUUCAGCCACUCCCACAACAGCCAGCCCUCUACCGUCAACAGCCAGUAUCAAUACCAGGAGCCUACAGCCUUGGUGGCUGUCCUACUGCCGCUGACACUGCUGAUGACACCGAUAUUGUCCCAGUUCCUCCGUACAAGAAGAUCUGGAGGCUCGUGCUGAUCUGA